AUGCCUAAGCGAAAGGCCAAAGGGGAUGCCAGAGGCGACAAAGUGAAGGUGAAAGAUGAGCCACAGAGGAGAUCAGCACGGUUGUCUGCUAAACCUGCUCCUCCAAAACCUGAGCCCAAACCCAAAAAGGCUCCUGCCAAGAAGGGAGAGAAACUUCCCAAAGGGCGAAAGGGGAAGGCAGAUGCUGGCAAAGAAGGAACCAACCCUGCAAAAAACAGAGAUACCUCUGCAGUCCAGGCACAGAAAGCCGAAGGCACUGGAGAUGCAAAGUGA